CUACUACAAACCCCUCCUUGCCUCUCCAUCGCCCCUGCACAAUCACAAUCAUCCAAAUAAGUGACCCAUAGUGAAUCUGGAUUUUACUGCAGCAGAAGAACCACAGAGCAAAAAGAGUUCACACCGCCACUGAAUUACAGUGAGAGAUGGAGAGAAUUUAAAAAAGCAAGGGCACAGCGAUGACAAGCAAAAGAUGUCUCUGUGUCGCCCACAGGAACACCCUGAAAAUGCAAGUUUCUGCUGUACUGUCCUGCCUGCUCUUAAUGCAGUUUAUCCGUACAUCUGUACAUGCAGAAUGUCCUGCGGUUUGCUCCUGUAGUGAAGACCAUCGGACGGUUGACUGUUCCUGGCAGGGACUGAGACAUCUGCCCGCUGGACUGGAGCGUAACAUCCAGUCUCUCAACAUGACCCACAAUCGGCUGUCCGAUCUGGACCACGAUCUAAGCUCAUUCACACACUUGCGCAUCCUGGACGUCUCCUACAACCGACUGCAUCACUUCCCAGCCACACUACCUCGGGCUCUGUGGGAAAUCGACAUGUCUGGAAACCGCCUGCAUGUGCUCAACAAAGACGACACGGUGUACCAGUGGAACCUUAAGGUUUUGGAUUUAUCAAUCAAUAAGCUGGAGCGUGUCGUAUUUAUCAACAACACACUACCCAACUUGAAGGCUCUCAAUCUGAGUCACAACAAGUUCUGGACCGUACCCACCAACAUGCCCCAAAACCUUGAGAUGGUGGAUCUAUCGCACAACAAUCUGCUUCAGAUUUUGCCAGGUUCACUCGAUCGACUUCCCAGGUUGGCUCAGUUAUACCUGCACGCAAACCGCUUUACUACGGUCAAUGAAGGAGCGUUUCAAUAUCUACACGGUCUGAAGCUCAUCACUCUAGGAGACAACCCUUGGGCUUGCGAUGUAACGGCAAACAUCAGCCAUCUGUUGCUUUGGACCAAGCAUACUUCCGCCCGUGUCCUGGGAUGCCCGUGCCACACCUGGCACACAUGUGGAGAGGCUUACGUGGCCCAGACGGGAGGCUGGCAUUUUGACACCUACACAUCGUCUCCAUACGUCUUUGGAAUUGAAGAACCAAGUCAUCCAUCCAUCCAAGCAGUCACUUCGCACUUCUGGACCGAGAUGAACACGCAUCACACCAGGGAUGACCAAUCAGCGUUUAGGAGCAACAAGGAACACAGAAACACUCACACAACUACAGAUAGUCCAGUCACAAGCCACUUCUUCACCACCAGUAACACCAUGAUCUCCACCACCCGCAGGACCGCCACUCUUCGUACCCGAAGCGUGAAGAGAGCAAAUCAGAAGAUUGGUAAAAACACAAGCUCAGGAUGUUCCCAUUCACUGUCCACUUUGGGAUUGUUCUUUCUAAUAGCCAUGAUGCAAAGUAUCUAAAUGGCUGAUGAGUCACAUCUCUUUUUCACCAGGGCUGGCACGGGAACUCGAACCUAAACUGGAACCGCAAUGCACUUUUCCACACAAUAAAGCACUGGUUACGUCACGAGUCUAAAAUCUUGCUAGUCUCGAACAAUAGGAACCGGUGACGUCAGAUGGCAUCUCAAACAGUGUUAUUAAAUGCAUUAUUGCUUACUUGAUGUCACAAAUAUUGUCGCACAACUUCCACAAUUAAAAGCAGAGUUUAAAAAUGCACCGUAUUAUCAAAAUAUGAAGCAUUGCCAUCCAAUACCAAUACCAGGGUUUGAAAUUGCGCCCAUUUCAGUCACAUAUGCUCUUAAAUUUUAAUAUAUUUGAGAGCAUUUGUGCGAGUGCACACGAUGAAACUUUACACAAAUUACUCAGUUUUGUGCUGUUAUUGGCAUCUGAGGACACGAAUACAUGAAGCUCAUAUUCAGAGUUUACGCAGAUUUCAUUGUUUCAUUGAGAAAUGCGAUGGUCAAAUACACACUGACAACCUACCAUAAUAAAAGACUGUUAAAUGUAAUGAAGUUGAGAAAUAUAUUACUAUUGUAUUGUAAAAUCUACUUUUAAAAUAAUAAAAUCCUAAGUAAUAUAAUCACCCUCAAAAGAUUUUUUUAUUUUUAUUUGAUUAUUUUAGAAAAUAGAAAUUAUUACAUUUUAUGAAUUCAGUUUAUUAAACAUGCUGUUUGAUAAGUAAAAUAAAAUAAACGAUUAAAGCAAAUGAAAAGUGAAAAUACAGAAUCCAAAUAAAUUAAAAUAAAAAAUAGGAA